GGCUUUUUUUUGUCAGUGAACAGGGAAAGAGAGGGAGUGAAGAGGUGAGUGUGGGAGAGAGAGAGAGAGAGAGUGAGUAGGGAGGGGGCAGAAGGAAAGACAGGCAGACAGCAAGGGCAAAGAGCCAGGGACAGGAAUACAGGGACAAAAGAACGAGUCUACAUUUAGCAUAAUAAUAAUAAUUAUACAGGGAUUAAGUAGCUGGUGAGAGGUACACACGUAAAUAAAAUAAGAGCUGAGACAACAGGGAAUGUAUUUACAUAACUAAAAUAAUAUGUACUAAAAUAAUAGCUCUGUAUAUGCUACAAGUGUCAGUGCAAAAUAAUACAAUAAAGAAAGCGAAAGAAGAAUACAAUAGGGUAAGGCAAAAUUUACAGGGAUUUGCAGAAAUGCGUAAUGCAAAGUAUACAUGAGCACAGAACAUUAGCUAGACUGGAUUAGGGAUAAAUAUACAUCCAAAAGGCUAUAAGGAAACCAUACUGCACCAACAGACUGAAUAUCAAGAGGAACUGCACCAUACAAUCAUUUGGGAACUAGCAUCACUUUGUUUGGAUACUUGGAUUCCAUUUGACUACCCUGCAAAACCGUGAUUUAAGAGCAUGUCUACAGCAGUGUCCUCUACGACGAUGGACAGAGAAGGGGGGCGCACAGGCUGGGCCUUCAAGAACCCACUGACAGGUGUACGCUGGAAGCGACUGGAGGAGCCAUUAGGAUUUAUUAAACUGCUGGAAUGGCUCUUUGCUAUCUUUGCCUUCGGAACUUGUGGUUCAUACAGUGGAGAAACAGCAGCAGUCGUGAUGUGUGCAGUUUCGGACACACAGACAGACACAGAUCUUAUCUCUGUAGCCUUUUCUUACCCGUUCAGACUAUACCGGCAACGCUAUGAGAUGCCAGCCUGUGCUGAUAUUGAGCGCCGUGUUUUGCACCUCUCAGGGGAUUUUUCUGCACCAGCUGAAUUCUUUGUCACGCUGUCAGUCUUUGCGUUCCUGUAUUCCAUGGUAGCACUGGUCAUUUACUUGGUUUUCCAUGAGCGAUACACUCACAUCCGAAGAGUGCCAAUUGUGGAUUUGUGCGUAACAGGUGGCUUUGCCUUCCUGUGGCUCGUGGCUGCCUCAGCAUGGGGGAAAGGUCUCAUGGAUGUAAAACUAGCCACUCAUCCUUCUAGCCUCCUUUCAUCAAUGCCAGUGUGCCAGAGUACGACAGCAACCUGCAGUGCCAGCAUUACUCCAUAUUUUGGGCUUGCCAACAUAUCUGUGCUCUUUGGGUUUCUGAAUUUCUUCAUCUGGGCGGCCAAUGUGUGGUUUGUGUUCAAGGAGACAGCAUGGAACAAGCAAGCAACCAACAAAGAGGAGUCUGCUGAGCGUGGAGAGGCUGAAGACCUUCAGUGAUCCCUCCCUAUUUCCUUUCUGGAUCAGCAACUCUUUCUCUGCCAGUGACUCUACUAGUUCGGGAGAGUGGACUUCCCAUCCUCUUCCCAUCAGGCUCUGUCUUGUACUUACAUAUUACUGCUCUGCAUCCUGAUGCUGGCCCCGUAUCAUCUAACACCAUCAAAACAUCCACUGCAUUGUGUUUUUUUCCACUCUUCUAUUUUCCAAAGUUGUUACAACAUCUCAAAGUUGUUACCGCCUCUGGUGCUAUUUAUUAAAUAAAAGAAUGUCCACUUUC